AUGGAUACAAUUAAAACUGUUAAAGUUGUGGUUGUCGGCGAGUCGGGAGGUUUGUGAAAAGGGAAAACGGGGCGAGGGGAGGGGUGUAAUUUUUUAAAAUUCAUUAGCCAAGUUGAGCUAUAGAACUCGGAAAAAUGAUUCAUACUUUCAAGCGGUGUCCAGAGCAAAAAAAAAUUGAAAAAUGGUCAAAGCUAUCCCGAAAAGGGAGGUGAGACCUUUUGGUAAUUCAGUUCAAAGUUCCUAUUUCCAGCCGGAAAAACCGCACUUCUGACCAGUUUUCUGGAAAAUACCUUCGAAGCUGACCCUCUUACAACAAUCGGAAUCGAUUUCAAACACAAAAUAGUUCAACUAAGCGACGGUUCUUCAAUUCGUCUACAACUUUGGGACACGGCUGGACAAGAAAGAUUCCGCCAACUGGCACCUUCUUAUAUCCGAAGUUCAAGAGUUGCUUUGUUGAUUUUCGAUUUAUCAGGUAAAUGUGAACAUAUUUUUCUUUGAUUCUUAUCAUUUUAAUUUUUGAGAUGAACACGCGGCCGAGCAUCUGAUUCGUUGGAAACGAAUAAUCGAUAAAGAUCGAGGACCACAUACAAUAACAAUUAUUGUUGGAAAUAAAUGCGAUCUUGUUAAUGGGUGAGAAAACUAUCUAUAUUUGAAAGAAUUAGAAUUUGAACGAAUUCAGGCGUCGCUUGAUGAAUGUGAAACAAAUCAUCAAAGAGGCCGAUCAUGAAUAUAUCGAAACUUCUGCGAAAACUGGGAAAAAUAUUAAAGAAUUGUUCUCGAUGGUGGCUUGUCAACCAUUUCCAGAACAUAAAACCAGCGAAAUUGUUUUGUGUGAGUUACACUGUUUGGAUUUUUUUUGAGAAAAAACCUUAUAACCUAUUUUUCACCCAAAAAAUACGUACCUUUCCAUUUUCAGUGAACGCUCCAAGACCACACGAAGAGCAAUCUUGCUGUAAAUAA